CUCGUCCGAGAUCUGACAAAUAUCGAACAACCGAUAUAUUGAUGAACGUAUCAUUCUUCUCUCUGCUGGAAAGCAAGCUUGAAGAUUUUACGCGGAGGACCACGGAGGACGCGCUAGCACCGGCGUCGCCAAAGCUGUUUCGUGUUUCUCCAUUUCUUAUACAUCAAAAUGGCGGCCAACAUGAAAGGAAUGUUACAGGAGGAUUUGAGAGCAGCUAUUUUGAAGAGCAAAGUGCUCGUCGUCGGCGCCGGUGGGAUCGGCUGCGAGAUCCUUAAAAAUCUCGUUAUGUCCGGAUUUCCCGACGUCGAAAUCAUCGACUUAGAUACAAUUGAUGUAAGCAACUUAAACAGACAGUUUUUGUUUCAAAAGAAACAUGUGGGAAUGUCGAAAGCUAAAGUAGCAUGUGAAACAGCAUCAACAUUUAAUCCAGAUGUCAAAAUAAAACACUACCAUGACAGUAUUACAUCACCAGAUUUUGGCUUAUCUUUUUUUAAGAGAUUCACAAUAGUUUUGAAUGCCCUUGAUAAUAGGGCAGCUAGAAACCAUGUGAAUCGUAUGUGCCUAGCUGCGGAUGUACCAUUAAUUGAAUCUGGUACUGCAGGUUAUGAGGGUCAGGUUGAACUUAUUAAAAAAGGUCUGAGUCAAUGUUACGAAUGUACACCUAAAGCUGCACAGAAGACUUUUCCAGGUUGUACCAUACGUAAUACACCCAGUGAACCUAUUCAUUGCAUAGUAUGGGCUAAACAUCUUUUCAAUCAAUUAUUUGGUGAAGAUGACCCUGAUCAAGAUGUUUCUCCAGACACAGCAGACCCUGAAGCAGCUGACAUAGCGGGAAAGGAAGCUUUGCAGUCGGAAUCUAAUAACAAAGGUAACAUUGACCGAGUUUCCACGAGAAUUUGGGCUCAGUCAUGUGACUACGAUCCAGAAAAGCUGUUCACAAAAUUAUUUCACGAUGAUAUCAAAUAUCUGUUAAGCAUGGACAAUUUAUGGAAGAAACGUAGACCUCCAACGCCAUUAAAUUGGAGAGAAUUGCCAGAUGGAGUGGCCGGAUGUAGCAAAGAAAUUAAUUACCCCGGUUUGAAAGAUCAGCAGCGCUGGAGUAUUUCCAAGUGCGGCUCGAUCUUCGCGGAAUCGUUAAAAAAUUUAAAUCAAGCGUUGAGAGCUUCCCAGGAAAAAUCGUCGACCAACUUUUUGGUUUGGGACAAAGAUGAUCAACACGCUAUGGAUUUCGUCGCCGCAUGUGCCAAUAUUCGCGCCUACAUCUUCGGAAUUCCUCAAAAGACCAGAUUUGACAUCAAAUCAAUGGCCGGCAACAUAAUUCCGGCGAUCGCCACCACCAAUGCCAUAAUCGCCGGCAUGGUGGUUCUUCAUGCUUACCAAGUACUGAGCAACAACUUGCAAGCUUGCAGAUCGGUUUACUUGCGUCUGAAAAUGAACCAUCGUAAUCAGUUAUUGGUGCCAGAGAAGGCGUUGAAUCCGCCCAAUCCCAAGUGUUACGUGUGCGCGCCCACGCCGCAAGCGGUGUUGGCAGUUGAUACGGCCAAUAUGACGAUCAAGGAGCUUGAGGAGUUGGUGUUGAAAAACAGACUCAACAUGAUCGCUCCUGAUGUCAUGAUCGACGGUACCGGCGCGGUCGUUAUCAGCAGUGAAGAAGGCGAGACGGAUUGCAACAACGACAAGAAAUUGGAAGAAUUGGGAAUUAAGGACGGAACAAUACUUAAAGUCGAUGAUUUUCAUCAGAAUUAUUCGCUGACUAUCUUUGUGGUUUAUCGCGAGAAACCUGGUCCGAAGGACGACAGUCCUCUGUUUUUGAUAACUGCCGAUAAAGAUGCGCUUAAACCGAAAGAAAUUGAAGAGAAACCUUCGACAUCCAACGGACAGCAGAACGCGACCGUGUCGGCGGAUAUCGCCGCGAAGAAGCGCAAACCUGAUUCAACCGAUGUCGAGGAUAUUGCAGCCAAGAAACGCAAGUUACAAGUCAAUAAAACGGAUGAUGAUGACGACGACGACAUUUGUAUCAUCGACAGCAACGACGUGUCUUACUCUAACUCAUCUGAACUGACAAAAACAAAAAAAUUGGAGUCUUCCGAGGACGAUUGUUUGAUAGUGUGUGAUUAACUUCAUAAACAAUAUCUAUCCAAUCUCAUUGUCAUCUUUAUAAUCUUAUACCAUUACACAUGUACAGAAAAUAAGUGAAACUUAUUUUAUAUUUCAUUUAUAAAAACAACACGAGAUACAAGAGAAGAUUCCAUUAGAAAUAAUCAUUUCCUUAUUUCAUUGUAAAAGAUGUUUUUUUUAUCAUCACGUUAAUUAGAUAAAUAUUUAUUGUUACUUUGUG